AUGAAGGUUUUAGCUAUGAUGGCAUUAUUGCUGGUAGCAGCAUACUGUCAAUCAAAUGAGAUUGAUGUAGUAUUAAAGAUGUUGAGUGAUUUAAAAAAUCAGACAAGCAAACAAUUAUAAUAAAUGGAGAGCGAUUGGGAAACAACUAGAUAUGUAAUUGAUUAUAUAUGACAUUUGAACAGCAAAAACAAGACAUUGUAAAUGAUUUAAUGAGAUCUGCAUCAACAUAAAGAGGUGAAUGUAAUAGAAGAGAUUAAGAGUGGGCAAACAAAGAAAGAGACAUUAGAAUAACACUUAGCUAUAUUAAUUGGUUAGAAAAAAGAAUAAAAGAGAAUAAUGAAAGACUUUAAAGAUUAGAUGUUAAUAGAUGUGAAUCUAAUUCUAAUUUCAUUAAUGAUAUUAAAAAUUCUAAGAAAUCUCUAAAUUUAAUUGCCUUCCUUAGAAGAGCUGUAAAAAAUGCAAAAGAAGUAUUAAUUAAAGCAAUAAUUAGACUGAUUUACCAACACUUUUGUAAUCUGCUUAAUUCAUUUAACUUAAAUCAUUUUUAGCUGAUGAUGGUGAAGAACCAGAAAUUACAGAUGAAAAUAAUGAACCACCUCAUGUAUAUGAUGAACCUGAAGUUGUUGAUAAUGCAGAUCAAGUAGAUUAAGAAGAUGAUGUUCUAUAAGAAGAUGAAACUAUAACAGAAGAAUAAACUACUGAAACCUAAGAUCCUUCAGAUGAGGUAGACUAACAUAGUUUAGUUGAUGCUAAUGAAGAACCAGAAGCUCAAGUACCUGAACAUCCAUUAGAAGCUGAAGAAAAAGCUACAAAUGAAUAAUUAGCAAAGGAAGCUGCUGCAUUCAAUAAAAUUAUUGAAAAAGGAUAAAAGGCACCUGCUGAAACUGGUUCAGGCAAAGAUUAUUCAUAAUUUACAGUUGCAUAAUAAGAAUUAUUAAAUUUCUUAGACAUUUUAGAAGAUUAAGUAAGAGGAUCAUUUGGAAAGAAAUAAGAUAAUUAAGUUAAUUCAGCUAUGGGUUACAGUGAUUUCAAAGGAUUGAUUCAUAAAGAAAAUGAAACAUUCAAAGGUCAUUUGGUAGCUGAAGAUGUUAAUCUAGUAAUACUUUUAAAUAAUAUAUUUUUAGGAAAAAUUAUAAAAUUAAUUGAUUACCAUAUUAUAAGCUACUGCAGCUUGUAAAGACAGAUUAAAGAAAAUCCAAAAUUCAAUUGAUUUAGCUAAUGAAGUAUCCUUUUAUAAUUUAUUUUUAGGAUUUAGCUUCUUCAGAGGCUCACUUUAAAUCUGUAACUGAAACUCUUUAAGAAGAGCAAAAUACCUUUGAUGAUGUUUACAGAAUUUAUUCAAGUUAAGUUGGUUCUCAAAGUACAUCAUACAAAGGUGAUGUUUAAGCCAAAAUUACCAACUGAUUAUGU